CCGACAUCCUAAAAGCAUUUACUUCACCUGAUCUCCCUACACGGCUUGAGAAUUCUAUUUUAUUCUCAAUUUCCACAAGUCUAUUUUGUGCUGGAUGCAAAUACACCGAGAGAAUAAUUGACAUUUACUUACAGGCAAGACACAAUUUAGAAGAGGGCACAGAGUUUCAUGAUGGCAGCUGCGAACGGCAUUCCACCAGUUUCCAAUGACCAUUUGCAUGCAGAUAACCAAGACAAUUCUCAACUCAUUGAAGGUUUACUUGAGGCUGCAAGGUAUGGAGAUCUUGAUGAUAUAAAAGACCUGGCAUCACAAGGAAUUCUUCUUAACUCGCAUGAUUCUCAAGGUCGCACAGCACUACACAUGGCAUCUGGAAAUGGGCAUCUUGAUGUUGUGCGAUAUUUGAUCAACCAUGGAGUGGACCUUAAUGCACGCAACAUUGAGGACAACACACCUCUUCAUUGGGCUGCUUUGAAUGGACAUGCUCAGGUAGUUCAUGAGAUGAUUCUGGCAGGUGCUAAUGCAGCUGCUCUAAACCGGCAUGAACGGACACCCUUGGAUGAAGCACUGAGUGGUGGUAAAAUGGAUGUUGUAAAUUCAAUUAAUGCUGCAAUGUCGGCACUAGAACUCCAAGUGACACAUCUUGGUUGAUGAUAGCAUAUAUUCAGUACUGUGCACGACCUGACAAGUUUCUUCACUGUUGGGGGUGACAAUUUAGUCAUAAGCGAGAAAGGAUUUUACAUCUUGUUCAGUUAUCUACUGUUUCUUGUUGAGGAGGUUGUAUAAGAGGUGGUGUUAAUAUUAAAUCUCAGUAGAUUAACAUGAAUUAAAUAUCUUUGGACCUGUAUCAGAAUGGAUGUGAGAUACUAAUAAUUGUUACCCGAACAUUCUUAGUGAGAUAAAAUUACUUAACCAUUUAGACAUUUUCUUUGUUCGAUCAUUACCCUUGAAGUUAAAUAAACAGGAGCCAUCUUCCAUUGUGUUUAACCUUU